CCCCAUCCAUUCCUGGCCGCGCGUCGCGCCGCGCCGUAUCGGGGUGCCUCUCAGUGCAAAACCACCCCCGGAGCUGACGUUAUCGGUUAGCGCGCGACGAUACCCCUCGCAAACUCAGACUCGACCGAUUACAACAAACUUUGUCGAGACAAACUUGGCACGGAUGUGCAACUUGCGACGGCCCGAGGCUGAAUCCUCCUCGAGUCUUCAUUGAAGCAUAGUCAUUGAAGCUCGCACUUUGCUUUGCAUCGGGAAGGAAGGAAAAGAGUGAGCUCUCGAUCUCGAUUUGCCGCGAUUGUUCGAUCUCGUUGAUUCGGCGCGAUUAUCGACAAAGUAUGCAGAAAAUUGUAGUCUUCUAGAAAAUUGUAUUAAUAAAGAAAACGACUCGAUGCGAAAGGCGAGAUAUCGCAAAACGUCGAGUUUUAGUUCGCCGAGUUGAAGAAUUUGACGGCGAAUGUAUGGAAUUCAACGAUCGCACGUUAUUUCAAUAUUCAGUGAUCAGUGCAGUGUUUUUUUAAUUUUCCAUCGCGAGAUUCUUCGGAAUUCAAUAAAAUAUCGUGAAACUUGUAAUGUACAUCAUAUGGAACUGAGAGAGUGGAACUACAAUAAAGAAGAUUAAUAAUGCGAUAAAUAAUUGAAAAAAUUGAAUUGCAGAUUACAACAAUAUAAUGAGUUAAGCUGAAGAAACAUGUUUUUGUUUGAGCGAAUAUUUGACAUUAUUGUACAAAUAUAUGAGCAAUUUGUUCAACACAGCUGACCAUUACAUCGACAAACGAAUGGCAUGUGAUUAAGGCAAACUCUAGUUCCUCAAAUUCAAGUGGACGAUAAAUAAGUCUUGACAAGCAUACGAAUCAGCAUCUUAUCGAUCCUUGAGAUUUUUUCUGAGAGAAUUUAAGCGAAAAUUUGAAAGACGAUACAGUGAAAGAGCGAUGAGCGAUGUCCACCAGCGAAAUCGCCGAUCGUGGAAACUCGAUGCCGUUCGAUAGAACGAAGAAUGAAACGAGGGAAAAAGACACUCUCGGCGUCUCCGAUGUCGCCGACAGUCACCGCAGGAUGAUCCUCGCGACGGGAUCAGGAUCCCGUUGAGGCAGACUCGAUUAUCGUCGCUGUAAUGUUUACACAGUUCCUAUUUUUAUUAUCUCGGCUGGGCCGGCCUAAGCUCGUCGCAACAUAAUCGAAGGGAUUUCGAGACGAAUCUCGUAGGUAUAUAACAUGGAGCCGACGAUCGUGAACCUAACGAAUGCGAGCGACGCCCUCGCCGACUGCAGCUUGCGAUUCGCGUGCGAGGUAUACGAAUUCGAUUAUAAUCGCGAGCUAGUCGAAAGCAUCGUCGUGGUGGUGGUGCCACUGUUCUUCGGCAUAAUCGGUAUCCUCGGUCUCGCUGGGAAUUCGCUGGUGGUCGUGGUGGUGGCGGCGAACCCCGGAAUGAGGUCGACCACGAACAUCCUCAUCAUCAACCUCGCCAUCGCCGAUCUCCUAUUCGUCAUAUUUUGUAUACCGUUCACGGCCACCGAUUUCGUGUUACCCUACUGGCCGUUCGGCAACGUCUGGUGCAAGAUCGUUCAGUAUCUGAUCAUUGUCACUGCUUACGCGAGCGUUUACACCCUGGUCCUCAUGAGCCUCGACAGAUAUCUGGCGGUGGUGCACCCGAUCGCCUCCAUGUCCUGGAGGACCGAGAAUCAUGCCAUAUUGGCGAUUGGCGUCACGUGGGUGGUGAUCCUGGCGCUGUCCGCUCCCGCCCUCGUGAUCCACGGCGAGAUUCGCUACGUGUUCCAGGAGGGAGACGGCCCACCGGAGAACCUGACGGCCUGUCGGGUCCUGCCGCAGUACGACUGGACGUCCUUCCAGGUGUCCUUCUUCUUCAUGAGCUACGUGCUGCCCCUCGUGCUGAUAUGCAUCUUCUACAUGUCGGUGCUGAUCAAAUUGUGGCGCGGUGCCCGCGUCAGCGCCGAGAGUCGACGCGGCAGGAGGCGCGUCACCAGGCUCGUCUUCGUCGUCGUCGGGGUCUUUGCCGCCUGUUGGUGUCCCAUACAGGUGAUACUGGUCAGCAAGUCCCUGGACGUGUUUCCGCUCACCACGACGACGAUAAUGGUGCAGAUUGUCAGCCAUAUCCUCGCCUAUACCAACAGCUGCGUCAACCCCUUUCUAUACGCCUUCUUGAGCGAUAAUUUUCGCAAAGCCUUUCGGAAGAUCAUCUACUGCAGGCCGCGCGCGGAGCAGAACAAUCGGCUGGGACCAGCGACGAGAACAACGAGAGCUGCCAGUAGCGGCGAUAUUCUUUAGAGACACAAAUUCUCACCGGCAAUGGGGCGGAUUCGGCGAUUGUCUAUAGGAUAUUUGGUGUUUGGUGUCAUCUGGCGAUUAGCGAAAAGACGUGUGUUUUUAAUUCUUUAAAAAAAAAUCUCCGCCAAAUAUAUACGCACUUUAUAUUUCUCUCAAUUUCUUUAUCGAAACGUCCUCUCCGAGACGGGUAUUAUUUAAGAAUAAUUGUUUGGAAAAAAAAAAUACGAUCUGAGGACGACUUGGCAGCGUCGAGAUGCAACUGGUCGCAGGGCAAAAAUAAAGGACCUAUCGUCAUCAUCGACACACGUCUCUCUGCGAGUGGAUCUCAUAAACUCGAUUCGCGAAUCCCCGACGAUAUUUCGCGAGAGCGAAUAUUACGAAAUUUUAAAUAAAUGUAAGAAAACAAGGACUCGUUUCCCGACGCUUACCCUUAUCCAGGACAGUUACUUGGAAAGAUUCUCAGGGUCAUCGUCAGGAAAUUAUACGUCCGAGCAUUGUAAAGUGUAUCAAUAAAAACAUUGAGAUAA